CCCCUUCGCUCAGUCUCAGUCAUCGCCCGCGCCUCCGCUCUAUCAAACUUUCCUCUCGCUCUCGUAACUACGCCGACGGUCAUGGAGUUUUGGGGUUUGGAAGUUCAACCUGGCCAAACUGUCAAUGUCAAUCCGGGAGAUAACAAAUAUUUGCAUCUCUCACAGAUAUCUCUAGGAGAGGUAAAGAAGGAAAAAGGAGCGGAGGGUGCAUCAGUCUUUGUAAAAUUUGAUGACAAAAAGCUGGUGCUUGGAACACUAUCUGCUGACAAGUGUGCCCAAAUUCAGUAUGAUUUGGUAUUUGAGAAAGAAUUUGAACUAUCUCAUGGUUCAAAGAAUGCAAGUGUCCACUUCUUGGGCUAUAAGACUGCAGCUUUUGCAGAGGAUGAUGACUUUUCUGAUCCAUUUGAUAGCCAAUCUGAAUCUGACGAGGAGAAUCUGCUCGCUGCACUUGCAAAUGGCAAGCUGGGUACGGCGGCAAAUGUUAAAGCAGCAAAACCACAUGCCCAAAAGGCGGAAGCUUCUGUUGUUAAGGCAAAGGCCAAGAUAGAGGAACCUAAGAAGGAUGAUAAACCAGAGGCUGAAGAUGACGAAGACGAUGAAGAUACAGAAGAUGAUGAGUCUGACGAUGAUGAGGAUAUGAUUGAAGGAGAGGAGGAAGAUAGUGAUGAUGGAGAUGAGAGUUCUGAUGAAGAGGAAGAAGCUACUCCAAAGAAGGCUAAUGCAGCUAAGAAAAGACCUGCUGGUUCUGCAUCCAAAACUCCUGUUCCAGAAAAGAAAGCAAAGUUGGUUACUCCCGGUGGGAAUCAGAAAACAGGUGCUGAUGGAAAGAAAGGUGGUCAUGUUGCAACCCCACACCCUGCUAAACAAGGAAAGACUCCCUCAAAUAGUGACAAGUCUAAGCAACAGACUCCGAAAUCCACUGGCCCAAUCUCCUGCAAAUCCUGCACCAAAACCUUCAACAGUGAGGCCGCCUGCCAAUCGCAUACCAAUGCAAAGCACAGUGCCGGAAAGUGAGAUGGCCCCUAAUUUUGUAGGCGAACAAGUAUUGUUACCUUGAUUUUACUAUUUAUUGUGGUUGUUAAAUGCUGGCAAUGCUCUAGUGGUUAGCUGAUCGAGACAUUUAGUCUUUGGGUUCGUUGAAUCACUUUUCAUUGUCCUAAACUCAAUUUCAAUGGUCCUCUCUAUAUUAUUAAAGUCUAGCAGUUUCAAUGGAAAAUUGUGAGUUUUGUCUUGAUGUGAA